CCCGUUUCCUCCGUCGCGUCUCGGCGGCUGCGGCGGACGCGGCCGGGCUCGCCGGUGGCCGGGCGGCGGAGGAAGGAUGGCGUACUUCGUGGAGAGCUUCUGGGGAGAAAGGAACAAUGGCUUUGAUGUCCUCUAUCACAAUAUGAAACAUGGACAUUUGUCAACAAAGGACUUAGCAGAUUUUAUUAGAGAAAGGGCAACAAUAGAGGAGACAUAUUCAAGGUCGAUGACAAAACUAGCCAAAUCAGCAAGCAAUUACACACAACUUGGGACAUUUGCACCUGUUUGGGAUGUUUUCAAAACCUCAACAGAAAAACUAGCAAGUUGUCAUUUGGAUCUUGUGCGGAGAUUGCAAGAGCUAAUAAAAGAAGUUCACAAGUAUGGAGAUGAACAGAUCAAAGCUUACAAAAAGACUAAAGAAGAUGUUUCAGGAACUUUGGAAGCAGUGCAAAAUAUUCAAAGUAUCACUCAGGCCUUGCAGAAAUCAAAAGAAAACUACAAUGCAAAGUGUGUGGAACAAGAACGCUUGAAAAAGGAAGGAGCAACACAGAGAGAAAUUGAAAAGGCAGCAGUUAAAUCUAAAAAAGCAACAGAUACCUAUAAACUGUAUGUGGAAAAGUAUGCUGCAUUGAAAUCUGAUUUUGAACUGAAGAUGACAGAAACAGCACAGAAAUUUCAAGACAUUGAAGAAAUGCACCUUCUUCGAAUGAAAGAGAUUAUACAGUCAUUGUCAAAUACCAUAAAAGAAAUUCAUUUACAAAUAGGAGAGGUGCAUGAAGAGUUUAUUAAUAACAUGACAAAUACAACAGUUGAGAGUUUAAUACAGAAAUUUGCUGAGUCAAAAGGAACUGGCAAGGAAAGACCUGGACCUAUUGAGUUUGAAGAAUGUAACACAUCCAGUGUAGCUGAAGGAAUAAAACCACGGAAAAGGAAGCCUUUUGGUUUAUCAGGAAUAAUGAAAAAAGAAAAAGAUACUGAAUCUGUGGAGUGUCCAGAUGCAGACUCAGUCAACUUUCCUGAUGUAGAUGAUGAAGGAUACAGCAUUAAACCAGAAGCAACACAAGAUACCAAAGAGAACCAUUUCUAUUCAUCCAGUGAGUCUGACUCUGAAGAUGAUGAACCUAGGAGGUUCCAUGUAGAAAUAAAACCUGUCCAGCCAAAUAACAGCUCUCAAUACACUAUGCCUUCUUUGGAUGAAUUAAAAGUAUCCAUAGGGAACAUCACUCUUUCUCCAGCAAUAUCUAGGCACAGUCCUGCACAAAUGAAUCAAAAUUCAUCCAGUGAAGAGUUAACAAAAUCAAAAUUUUCUGCUCCAACUACUGAAAAGGGGAACAGUGACUUCCUCGCAUGGGAUCCACUCUUCAGCACUUCUCUUGAAUCUUCCUCUUCAGCUUCUUUGGCAUCCUCAUCUUCCUUAGCAAGGCCCACCACUCCUCUUUCUGUGGGCACCAUUGUACCCCCGCCAAGGCCUGCUUCAAGACCAAAGCUGUCUACUGGGAAACUUAGUGGGAUUAAUGAAAUACCUAGGCCAUUCAGCCCUCCACUGAUUGCUAACUCAAGUCCACCUCCAGCAGCUCCUUUGGCACGUGCAGAGAGCAUUUCUUCUAUAUCUUCUUCUGCUUCCCUCAGUGCAGCAAACACACCUACAGUUGGUGUUUCACGUGGUCCCAGCCCCGUCAGCCUUGGAAACCAGGACACCUUGCCUGUUGCAGUAGCUCUUACUGAAUCUGUUAACGCCUACUUUAAAGGAGCAGAUCCCACAAAAUGUAUUGUGAAGAUUACUGGUGAUAUGACAAUAUCAUUCCCAAGUGGGAUUAUUAAAGUAUUCACCAGCAACCCAUCUCCUGCUGUGCUCUGCUUCAGGGUGAAAAACACCAGCAAACUAGAGCAGAUUCUUCCAAAUGCACAACUUGUAUACAGUGAUCAGUCACAAAGUGACUCCAGUACUAAAGACUUUUGGAUGAACAUGCAAGCUAUAACUGUCUACCUCAAGAAAUUAUCAGAGCAGAAUCCAUCUGCAUCCUAUUACAACGUGGAUGUUCUAAAGUAUCAGGUAUCUUCAAAUGGCAUACAGUCCACUCCAUUGAAUCUUGCAACUUACUGGAAAUGUGAUGCUAGCACUACUGAUGUGAGAGUGGAUUAUAAAUACAAUCCAGAGUCUAUGAAUGUGCCUAGUAUGCUGUCUAAUGUCCAGGUUGUGGUACCAGUAGAUGGAGGAGUAAUAAACAUGCAGUCACUUCCACCUGCAAAAUGGAAUGCAGACCAGAUGAAAGCAUGUUGGAAAAUAUCUAGCAUUUCAGAGAAGUCUGAGAAUGGAGGUUCUGGAUCCCUCAGGGCAAAAUUUGAGCUUUCAGGAGGACCCAGUAAACCAGCAACACUUGCAGUGCAAUUCAUCAGUGAAGGAAGCACCCUUUCAGGAGCAGAUGUGGAACUUGUAGGCACUGGCUAUCGGCUUUCCCUUCUUAAGAAGAGAUUUGCCACUGGACGAUAUAUGGCAGACUGUUGAUGUACCUGUGAAAGUCAUUGGAUCAGGAGUGCAAGAAACACUUGUGACGAUAGGAACUCUGCCCUCUCUAUUUUUCAAACACUAUUUUAACAUGCAUUAAUUUUUAAAAAUAUUGACUUACUUUGAGGCUAAACUACAGAAAGUAAAUGCACUUUUAAAGUCAUUUUGAAAACCUUUAUUACUUUACAAUAGCACUGAAGUUAAUUUCAACACUGUCUGUAAAUGAUCAACUGCAAUACUUGGGAAAAUUUGUUGAAAAAUUAGUAACUUUGUAUAGAUGAAGUCAAAAUAGUAAUCCACAGUUGUAAUGGAAGUAUGAAAUUUUAUGUUGUACUGUAAACAUUAAACCUAAAAUAUAGGGGAUCUAGUAAGAAAUAUUUGAGCUUUCAUAAGUAAUACUCAUUUUUCAGAUUCUUUAAUUGCCAGCUUUUAAUUGACAGUUUAUAAAGAUAGAGGCUAUGUCUUGUGUAGUUCUUCUUUCCAUUCAUAACACAAGAACAGCUGAGUUAGAGAUGUAUAAAAAUAACUUGAUGCCCAUGUAUCAUAUAUUAUUAAAAUGUAAGUUGUUUCAUAUAGGGUUUUUUUUAACUAAGUGCAAUGUGUUACAAAUUGCAAAACACAGCAGAGAUUUACUUCUGCAGUUAGUAAAAAUUUUUGGGCCUUGUUAUUGUUUUAGUUAAUGCAGUAGAUUUAAUUUAUUUUUAUAUUAAUUGCAUAACUUUUGUGCCUUUUAAAAAUGCCUGUGCCUAUCUAAUUUGAUACUCAUGUGCCUCACUUCCUUUUUCAAAGUGUGGCUCUUCAUCAAGAAAGCAUGGCGUUUGUAUAAUGCACAGAACUUUAUAAAAAUUCUUUUUACUGCAAUUUAUUUAGAAGGCAGGUUUUGCAAAAACUGUAGUUUGUUUUAAAAGAAAUUCAAAACACUGAAUUAUUUCCUCAAUGAAUAAUUGCAAGUAAAUGUGGUUUUAGUAAAGGGAGCUGCAUCAUGCAGUACUCGGAAACUUUUUAAUUAACUAAUUUUAAUAUCACCAAAGAGGAGAAUCUGAAAAAUCAGUGAGGAUAGGAAAAACAAACUUCUGAAAGCAAACAGCAUUACUCUUUGCUUUGCCUAUAAGUCUUCAGACUUCGAGUGGUUUUGGGGAUGUGCGAUGUGAAUGUACACAAAGUACUUCAGGAGACAUUGUAAAGAAUAUUUUAUGGCUGCAGGACGACAAAUCCUGUCAUGUAUUCAUUUUUUUUAUAGCUACCAGUUUUAAUAUUUGUAUUGUAAUCUAAUCUGCUUGCUACAGCAUAAGCACAGGAAAUUGACACAUCAGUAACAAUUUUUUUAAGCAAGUCACUAAUUUAGAAAAUUUUCUAUGUAUUUGUAUUACCAAGCUUUUUUGUAAUGUUGAAAUGAUAAGCAUUGGGGCAAAAUAAUUCAAUAACCUGCAUUUGGCAAUUUCAAAUGAACAUUUAGCAUACAAGUAUGUAUUUCAAAUUCUCUAUUAAAACAGUAAAAUAUGCUUGAGUUAAUUCAUGCAAAGCCAGUAAUGAAUUGGUCUGCUUUACAAGAAAUUAUGCCUUUGUAGAAGCUGCAUAAAUUGUCGUGUACUCUAGACACUUUUGCCGGUGAGAGUUUCAUUGUUAGUGCUAAGAACAUUGUGUACUGUAGAUUUGAUUGGAAGAGUAUAUUUGGCUCCUAUAUUUUGCUAAUCUUAUUGAUGAUAAAUUUACAACUCAUAAAAUGGUGGUCUUUUUAUUGGAAUUUUAAUUGUAACCUGUUUUGCAAUCAAACUGAUUAACACAACAAUAUUUUAUUAAUGAAAACCCAAAUCUAUUAUUGCUAUUUUUAAUCAAGUAUUACAUUAAUUUCUAAGAUAAAUGAAGUAGUUAAUGUUUCAGCACUUUUAAGCUAGCCUUCAUUCUGGUGUUUUUCAUACAUUUGCUUUGGGUGCAGGCUACAAUUUUGAAGCCAUACAAGUUUAUAUAGACAUUUUGUAAAGAAACUCAAAAACAAUGUAAAAAGUAUGUGUAGCUAUCUGAUUUAAAAUAAAAAAAAACUUAUGUAGCAAGCUGGUUCUUGCUUGUGUAUACAGCAAUGUCCCUUGUAGCUGCCUCCUAAGAAAAUUAAUUUGUGAAGACAACUCUAAAGGACCUGAAUUUUUAUGAAUUGUUACUACAUUAGACUGUAAAUUAGAACAUACAAGUUUAUCUUUCAAAAAUUGUAAAUACUCUGAAUUUUCAUUAAAUGUAAAUUUUAAAAAUUUGCACCCAUAAUAAACAUGUAAUAUAUAAUUUAAAUACUGAUUUAUAUUGCCUGUACUUUUGCAGUAAAGUUCUUCUAAGCAAUAAGGUAAUAGAGAAAAACCAUGCCUGCAUUGAACAUUUGAAAAUACUCAUUUUUAAGUGAUAAAGGGUAGAGAUCAUUAUGAACUCUUUUGUAUAUAUUUAAAAUCAUCACAGAGAAGGUGAAUGGAAAGAUGACUUUUCUAGAACAUUUCAUCUUUACUAAACCAUAAUGUCUGAGAUGUCUGUAGUGCCCUACGCCUUUACUAAAUUGAUUCACUUCACUAAUAAAUUAGAUUAGGCAAAACUGGAUAUGUUUAUGAGAAAAAUCUUGACUCAUGGACAUGAGUUGCUGUCUGUAAAUAGUGCUGUCAAAUGCUGUACAUUGUCUUUGUUUAUGAGCCUAUAUCUUCUUGUGUCUGCAGGAGAAGAAUUAGUGACAAGAUUGAAGUAAUUCCUUCUGAUUUCUAAUGUUCACCAGUCAAAAGGCGUAGACAAUUUAGAACUUCUCCAGCAGUCUGUAUGGUUUAGUCCUUCUAAGCUUUGAGCACAGAACAGAAGCUGAAACUGAACAAAUGUUUUUGCAUCUGUUUGGUUCCUACUAAUCCCAAGGCCUGCAGAGGCUUAGUAAGUAAUAACUUAUUAAAUUCACUUUCUCAGCUGGUUGAACAUCACUGCAAUAGAGGUACCAUUCUUGUCAUGCAGGAAAGCAAUAGUCCAAGGGCUUGAUUCUUAUCUUCUGGCCGGCAGGAAUGAAGAACACAAGUACUUAGUGGUCAGACUGGUCCAUGUAACACAGUAGUCUGGUGUUCAACACCGGCCAAAGAACAGGCUGAGCCUUGGAGAGCUAAUGUGUCAUUUGCUUUCUGAUCCCCCAGCACCUCAUUUGUUGGUUAGAAAUGUAAAAAGGUGCUGCUAGUUCUUCUAGUAUUCAUUGAACUUAAAGUGUAACAGAUCUGACUGAGGCUGCUCUGGCAAUUCUUUUAACACUUGACUUACACCCACAUACUGCUCAUAACUGCUGCAAACUGGAUUUCUACUGUCCAAGCAGGUUUGUGAUUAUCUAACUACACAAUCAGGUAGUUUUUCAGGGAAACCUAUCUCUAGCACUGCCAAAUAACAUUUCUGUAGGGUAUUUGAAGGAACUAAGGUAUUUAAUUAUGAACUGGAACAGCAUGAGUUACAACUGUGGCAAGUUUUGCUAUCUAACAUAAAAACAAGAUCUUGGAUCAUGGCAAAAAGUAUUACAUUUCAAGUCUUGUAUGUUUGCAAAGCUUAAGAUACACAGAUGUUAAGAUGCCUAUCUUAAGUUUUGCAAUUCAUACAUAAUUGGUUUCCAUUUCAGUUGUUGUGAAAGGGAAAUUAUACUUAAGAGCGUGCAAGAAAAAAAGUCAGGAAUUCCUCCAAGCAUAGCAUAAGCUAAAAACAGUUCAAAGUACUAAAGCAUCAGAUAACACAUCUACUGUUUAGUUAGCAUUGAUUGGACUGAUUAAAAAGUCUCUCAAGUGAAAACAUAAUUUUUACCUUUAAUUCUACAUAUUAUUACACCAGUAAGUAUUCUGCUCAGCUUACUUUGACCUCCAUGUUUACUGAUAUGUUGAUUUUUGGAUUCUCCAUUACUUCAUUCAAUAACCAAUAUAAGGCAUACAGUCUUAAAGAAGAGGCCUCUUCUGGAUUACUUACUGAACAUUUAGAGCUCUAAUUCUGCAUUUUCUGUAACUGCUUUUUUUCACUUCCUUUGGAAUAAAUUCUUUUUGUUUUUCAAUCUGCAAUGGCUACUUUAAUUACU